UGAUGGGUGAUCAGGGGUCCCUUCUGGCUGAAGGUGUUGCCACAGCAGACACAGGUGAAGGGCUUCUCAUCACUGUGGAUGAGCUGGUGCUUGAUCAGGUGUGGUUUCUGCCUGAAGCUCUUGCCGCAGUCUCUUCAGGUGAAGGGAUGCUCCCUGGUGUGGAUGCGUUGGUGCUUGUGUCACAAUGACACUGCUCCAAUCUCUAAGGCAGUGUGGGGUUGUUCAAAGGCGGCGAGGUGGAAGAAAAUAUUCCAGAGGAAAAGACAAAAGACACAUCUCCGUGCGUAAUUGUUUGGCUGUUAUGUUGCCGCUUUAGCAUUAGAACGUGUUGUACUGAUCAUUGUCCUUUUAGGGAUAAUGAGCCUUGUUUUCCUCUAGAAGUGAGACUCGGAUGACCUUUAGUGCAGGUGAGGCAUGAGCGAUAUGUGCUCUGAGUGGGAGCUGUGGAUUUCUUUGGCCGAUUGUACCCUGGUGCUUCGCUGAUGCCAGGGUGGCCAAGGUGCCAGGCACGCAAUGGAUGGAGGUGCCCAGGAUCAGGGGAUAUUAAUCCCUUGCCAUCCAAUCUGGGCUGCGGGUGCCGGGGCUGUUUCAGCCUGGGGUGCUGAGGCAGGGGGUGUUUGGGUGGGGCUGGCAGGGCUGGGGAUGUUUGGGUUGGGGGUGCUGGGGCUGGAGAUCCUGGGGGUGCUGGCACUAGGGAUGUUGUGGCUGGGGGUGUUUCAGCCUGGGGUGCUGAGGCAGGGAGUGUUUGGGCUGGGGCUGCCAGGGCUGGGGAUGUUUGGGUUGGGGGUGCUGGGGCUGUGGUUGCUGGGGCUGGAGAUCCUGGGAGUGCUGGGACUAGGGAUGUUGGGGCUGGGGGUGUUUGGGCCAGGGCCACCAGGACUGCAGGUGCUGGGACUGUGGGUGCUGGAGCUGCUGCUGCCAUCCAGGCAGUGUGGCAGUGGGUGCUUCUCUCUGUGCCCCGGACAGGGUAGGCCACCGUCAAGCCUGAGAUCAUCUGCAAUCUGGAGGCGAGGAGAGACACCCUGUGUGCCAACUGCCCCGGGGUGUGGAGGAGGCACUGCAGCCCUGUGCCGGGGAGGCUCCAAAGGUUUGUGGCAGCGGUGGCUUCUUCCACCAGCACAAGUUGCUGGAGUUCAUCCCUCAGCCAGGUCAGUGGGAGCCUGGGGGCACCCUCAGCUCCACCCCUUGCAGGCCCCCCAGCUGCUGAAGAAGAUGCCCCUAAGGUGUCCCAAGUGCAAGAAGAGCUUCAGGAGCCAGAGUUUGCUGGCCAUCCAGGAGCAGAGCCAUGCGGGCGAGUGCCCCUUCACCUGCACCGACUGUGAUAAGAGCUUCAGCCACAGGGUCUCCCUGACCAAACAUCAGUGCAUCCACAGGGGCGAGAAGCCCUUCACCCGCCAGACACGCGGGAAGAGCUUCAGCCAGAAAUGCUACCUCAUCUUGUACCAGCACACCAGAAGGAAAAGACAAUGAAAGUGAGGAGCUGCAGCUGCAGGAACUGAGGGAGCCUGUGAAACAGCCCUGAGCUGAAGACAUGAAAGAGAAAGAGGAUGAACUAAACCGGAGCUUGCAAGCAACAACAACCCUUGAGUGGAGUGAGUGGUGGCCGUGUCUUCUCCACCACCGGCGAUGGAGAGAUGGCCUUGGAGUCUCAGGGAGCCUGGGGCAUGGCGGGGGGAGCAGGUGGGCAGACAGCACUGGGGAGAGGGGCUGGGGUGCUGGGAAACUGGGGCCCUUCCGAUUGAGAUGCUGGGCAGUGCAGUUCCCCCAGCGUCCUGCCUGGAGAGGAGCUGGCUGCUGCAGUUGCUGCCUGGCUGGGGAGCUGGGGCCCCUGCAGGAUACGGGAAUGCUGAGAUCCAUGUCUGGGUGGGAGACUGGGAUACUGGGCUGCUGGCCUCCUCUCUGGCAGGAGUGCUGGGUCCCUGCCAGGCUCAGGUGUGCCCUGGCCUUGUCCCAGCUGGGUGCCUUGCAGGACCUGUUGGUGCCUCCAGCAGGAGGCAGCAAGGACAGAAAAACUCCUUAACUUGCAAAGCAGAUGGUGAAUUGUGGUCUACCACGCAACCUGACCAGUGCCCUCUGUGGGGAUAGGGCAGUGUCCCAGCCAGAUGCUGCCGCAGUAGAAUCUGAUCAUACCCUCCCCCCACCUCGUAUCUUUGCACUGAAACCCCCAUCCAGCUGAAGGAAACUCGAGGCACCAGUGACUUUGUGCUCCUGUGCUGACACAAGUAUUGUUAAAAGCUGAUGGGAAGGGCAGGCAGUUCAAGCAAGCUCCGCUGGGCCCGGCAUGGGCUGCACCUUGCAUCCAGACAAUCCCAUACCCACAGCCCUCGAGCUCCGCCACAGCGCUGCUUCAUCCAUCUGCCCACCAGAGCUCCCGGGCACAUCCCAGCCUCUCGCCCUGUCCCAGCUAGAACAGGCCAGGAAGGGGAUUUAGAGGGAUGAGCGAGGGGAUGUGGGGCCCGAGCUGCUGCCGCUGGAGAGCAGUGGCGCACACUGUGCUGCCGUGGAGCUCACUGCUUGUCAUCAGCACCAAGAAGCUUUUGAUUUAGUCUCAAAUAGGAAAAAGAAAGCAGCAUCUGUCCACGUGGGACCCUCAGCAGCAGCUUAAGGGGCCACCGGGCUGCCAAGGAAGUCACCCUGUGGGCCCUGGUGCAGCCGCUGGUGUUUCUUCAGAUCAGACUUCUGGCUGUAGGCCUCGCUGCAAUCAUCACACUUGUAGGGUUUCUCGCCGGUGUGGAUGCGCUGGUGCUUGAUCAGGGCACCCUUCUGGCUGAAGCUCUUGCUGCAGUUGACACAGGAAAAGGGCUUCUCACCACUGUGGAUUCACU